AAUCCAAAAGCUCACUCUAAACCCUCUUCGUACCAUUAAAGAAUCUGAUUCAGCGAUUUCCGACCAUCACUUCUGAUGGAUUUGGGCGGAAAGAACUGCGCGACCAUGACGACUCCUGCAAAAGAUAAACACAGAUCUCGGGUCAAAGCUUCAGAGAUUGAAAAUUCGAAUCCCAAUCGCUCAAGCAGAAGUCCUCUGCAGAAACAAGCAGAGUCUCCGGUUGUCAAAUCAGAGAAAUCGAAGAAAUCUGGCCCGAAACAUUCUUUUCAGAUCGUUUCUCCCCGUACCAAGAUUCAAGAAAGGAAAUUUGUAGUGGCCAAGAAGAAAUCGAAGACGACUGCUUCAACCGUCACCUGCAAAUGCAAAGACAAGGUGGGUGGCAAUCUCAAGAAAUGCCCCUGUGUUGCUUACGAGAAUCUCCGAGCGUCUCAAGAAGACUUCUUCAAGAAUAGGGGCAGCGUCGAACGGGAUCCUGAUUUGGAUGAGUUGCAGAACUGCAAGAUAGCUGAUACCGAACAUGAGCAUAAGAACCCGAUUAUUCAGAACUUCGAAACUCCUGGAGUUUCAGAUGAAAAAUCUAUGGAAGGUAAUGGGUCUUCACCGAAUGAGUCAAUUAACUACGAUCAGGAGGAAUUGUCAAAUGAAAAGGUUAGUUUAAAGAUCAAGAGGAGGAGGAACAGAUUGCUCGAGGAAGCCAGGAACAGUAUUCCCGAAGCGGGUUCUGGAAGAGUUUUGCAUUUGGUACAAGCAUUUGAGAGGAUUCUGUCAAUUCCGAGUUCCAAGGAUUCGAAGGAGAAUGAAGACGCAGGGAAUGAAAGUGCUAAGAAACCAUCGAAGUGGGCAUUACCAGGAUUGCAACCUAAGGCCCCUGAAACAGAAGCUUCUUCAUCUUCUUUCCAUCUAUCAGAGCUGUUAUUCACUGCAGAGAAUUCCCGUUUGGAUUCUAGGGUUUCUUCUUCAUUGGACAGUAGCCAAGGAAGCUUUACUUUCACAAGCAGGACAUCUGGGGAAGGGGAAGGCCGAAGGAGUAGGAGCAGGCGGAAUAGCUCUGAGUCGUUAACAUCACUUGGUGGAAGAAAGUGGAAGAAGCAGCAGCUCAAAGUGACCAGUCUACAACCAUUUCAACUAAAAACAGAGCAAAGAGGGAGGUCUAAAGAAGAAGAGUUUCUCAAGAAGGUGCAAGAUAUGAUUAUGGAGGAGGAAAGACAGCGGAUUCCAAUCGCACAAGGCCUCCCUUGGACAACAGAUGAACCAGAGUGCUUAGUGAAGCCUCCAGUAAAAGAAAGCACGAAUCCAAUGGACUUGAAGCUUCAUAGUGAUCUGAGGGCAGUGGAACGUGCUGGAUUUGAUCAUCAUGUUUCCGAGAAACUGAACUUUAUUGAGCAGUAUAGACUAGAAAGAGAAAGACAGCAGAAGUUGGCAGAAGAAGAAGAGAUCAGGAGGCUGAGAAGAGAGCUUGUUCCAAAAGCUCAACCCAUGCCCUACUUUGAUAGGCCUUUCAUCCCGAAAAGGUCUCUGAAACAUCCAACUGUUCCUAGAGAGCCGAAGUUCCACAUUCCUCAGCACAAGAAAAUCAAAUGUAUGUCAUGGAAUGACAUUAGCAUCUAUGCCCACCAACACUGAGAGCUACAAGUGAGAAAAAGGUGAACACCAAACAUUAGAAAAGGCCGUAGAUGUUCAGCUUCCCCCUCCCCUUCAAAAAGAAUAUUGAUUCUUUUCUAUCCUUGACCAUUCGUAAGCAAUGAAUGUAAUUGCAUUUG